CGAGUGUUGUAGUCCGGAGCCCCUUGGUAUGGAAGACAUGACAAUCGCUGAUGGUCAGAUCAGGGCGUCCAGCAGUACUGCCAAUGCUCCUGCCAUUGAGGCACGUCUCAAUAACAUGAAUGGGAAAUGGAAUCCUAAGAGUACCGAUGCAAAUCCCUGGAUUGAGGUAGACCUCGAGAAGAGUACAGUGGUGUAUGGUAUCAUCACACAAGGAGGCUUGAUCGAUUGGUAUGUGAAGAAGUACACAGUGGCAUACCAGAAGCAGCCCUCAACUGUCUACGAUCAUGUAUCAGAUGGAAACGGAGAUAUCAAGGUGUUCGUCGCUAACACCAAUAUUCACAGCCCGGUCACUAACCUAUUUGAUGAGAGUGUGGUGGUAAUGGUGGUGCGUAUUGAGCCCACUUCAUGGUCUGGUGGUGUUGGUCUGCGAUUAGAGUUACUUGGAUGUCGUCGUAAUUAA